AUGGCUACCUGUCGGCUGUGGUACGUGUUACUGGUGAUUGGGUUUACUGCGACCUACGGUGCUGUAUCGUUGAAGGCACAAGAGGAAGGGAAAGAGACAGGUACGAUACAGAAAGAGGGGAAGGUGAAGUUCACAGUCCUCUCAGACGAUAUCAAAACUCGGUUCGACAGUCUUUUCAAUGAGAGUGCGGUGUCGUUCUUCCACGCUGUGCAGAAAGCCGAACGCGGUGCCUUGAAAGAAGAAUGGGAUACUGCGAUCGAGGACUUCCGAUCGAAAGCAGAAGCACGAAGGAAAGAAUUGUUCGGUUCCAUCCUUCAAAUAGAUAGCUUAAAUGGACUGUUGGGUGAGCACCAGCUGAAGGAUUUGGUGGAGCGCGUUGGACUCCCAACGCUUCUGGGCGGCGACGACGCUGUGUCCUCAAAACUGAGUGAGCUAGAAAACAAAUUUGCAGCCUUGCUAAAACGACAAGAUAAUCGAGAUCGCGUCACGGGCCUGGUUAGGAAUUAUCAAAAGAACAUUGUUGAUCUCAAGGAUAGUCUCAUACAGAGGCUAAGCAACAAGGAGACCCUGCAGAAACCUGCAACCUCUCCCAAAUUCAACAAACUACUAGAUGAAAUUAGCUUCUCCCCUAUUAUCAGGGGAAAGAUUGAGACUACCCCCCGUCGGCUUGCGGUCAUGAGCUUUUUGGAGAAGGCAAAAGAACGCCUGAAGUUGACACCCACCGGCACCAAAGAGACAGGAAAAGUUGCUGAGUUCGAGGAAAAAAUUGAAGCACUGAGGAAAGAUAUGGCCGAGGAAGUGUCCCGCCAGUUGACUACGCGCAGAAAAGCUGUGGACUCAGAGACGGUCGAGGCGGUGCUCAAACGUGUCGGUGUAGAGGGCCUAGUACAAGGAGCGAUCCGUGAUACGCUUCCAGCAGAUGAGAAAGCGGUGCUAGACCUGGCCCGUGGCAAGUGGAUGCAAAUGCAGCGGGUUAAGAACAAUUACGAACGGGUUGCAGGAGCUCUGCGAGACAGUCUCCUUUAUGACCAAGAGACACCCCUGUCGCCACGCAUGAAACAGCGCAUAGAGGAAAUCUACGAAGAGGGUCUCCGGGGUAAGCAAAGCGGCACUGGGAGAAGGCUGUCUGAAGUCCAAGCAACGAAUCCCGACACAUCUGCUCCACCUCUUGCUCCGGCAGUCCAAAAGGAACUGCGGGGAGACAGCGAAAGGCUCUUCCGUAUGGAACCAAACAUUUCAGAAGCCUUGAAGGGUUUUGAGGACAAAGUUUCCAAGCUGAUGGUCAAGACUUUAUCUGAUUUCAUUAAGAGGGAACAGAUGCAAGGCGUGCUCGAGCCCGACGUUCUUUUGAGUGCCUUCCGAAAGAUGGGCCUCAAAAGCAAGGCGGGUAGAGUGGAAAUUGCCCUGUCCAACCUGCGCCGCAUCACAAACUGGAACGAUUUAGGUAUCGAUCAGGUUGUUGCCGGGAAACUGCAGAACAUCAUCGGACUGGACGAAUUUAUUAGACAGCUCGAGGGGCUGCUACCUCAGGUCAACUCGAAACUGUUAAUUUUGAAUGGAGAACUCAAGCAACGUCUUGCUGCGGCGACAGAGAAGCUCUCUGACACUGAGCUUUUCGACGGGAGACCUCUGGGCAACUGGGACACCCAGUUGAUCGACAGCCUGACACUGAACUCGAUCCUGAAGGGACAUUCAGCCAAGGCAUCGGAAGCGGACCGAACGCUGCAAAGUGUCAAUAACACAGCUGUUGAAGGAGACGACAAAACGCUACAAGCGCAGACAAGCCUCGAAUCGUCUGAAUAG